AUGCUCCUUCUCACAUUCACGUUACCAGUGGUGACGCUUUUACUUGCUCACAUCAUUCGGAGCUGGUUCCGUUUGAGACAUAUCCCUGGACCUUUCUGGGCAAAGAUAACCGAUCUAUGGCGCGAGCACCACUAUAUCAAGGGCGACUACGGCGAUCGUCCGAUGGCACCAUACUUUGCCAUUCCAAGUUUGCUGGGGAUGGAAUCAGCGAUGGACCAGAUUCAACAAGAAUUAGAGGAUCAAAUCUGUCGUAGAGUCACUAUAGAUGUGGUGCUGUGGAUGCGACUAUUCUCCUUGGAGAGUCUACACUGGAUCGCCUUCUCCAACAAGCUAGGAUACUUGAGUGAAGGAAAGGAUACCGAUGGAAUACUGUCCAUAUUGCAAAGCAAAUUCAUUGGGCUGGCUGGUCAAUUAUGUGGCUGGAUUCAUAGGACCACGCUUAGAUUCCAUUUUCCCAAAAGCUGCACAGGAACUGCAGUCGCGCCGUCACAACGAAAAGCCUCACACCGGGAUUUACUUGCUCACUUUAUGGAUGCCUCUCAAAAGAACCCGGAGACUCUCGAGGAGAGAGGAGUUCUGGGAGCAACCAUAUCAACUAUCUUCGCUGGCACUGACACGACUGGUACAAGCCUAACUUUCUUCAUGUACUAUCUCAUCAAACAUCCAGCCGCCCUUGCACGUUUACAGGAAGAGCUGGACUCGGCCGUCCGCUCUGGCAAUCUCAGCUAUCCACCCAAAUGGGUAGAGGUGUCCACCCUUAAAUAUCUUCAGGCGGUAUUCAAGGAAACCCUAAGAUUACACAGCACUGCACGCAUGUCUCUGUACCGUGUUGUCGGCCCCGAGGGGCUGGACUUGUGUGGUGAGCGUCUUCCUUCUGGGACCAAUCUCGGAUGCUUUGGUUAUACAGCACACCGCAAUGAACCCAUCUACGGACGUGAUGCGGCGCUGUUCCGACCAGAAAGAUGGAUUGAGGCAUCGAAUGAUACACUGCUUUCCAUGGAACGGGCGAGCCUUUGA